AUGUCGGCUAAUCCCGACGCCGUUUUAGCACCUCCACAGCCUCACAGCUCUGUUCCGCAAGGCGACAGGGCACCUAGCGUUCACACGGCGCAAAGCAAAAGCAAAUCUUCUCGUUCUUCGGCGACCGUAAAAGCACAAAAAGCUGCAGCUGAAGCGAUCGCUCUACGCCGCCGCCUGGAACGAGAGCAGCAGCUCGCCGACCACGAGCGCGACCGUGAGCAGGUGCUCGCCCAGCGGGAGCGCGAGCGCGAGGAGGCGCUCGCCGCGCGGGAGCGCGAGCGCGAGGAGGCGCUCGCCGCGCGGGAGCGCGAACGAGAACUUCAACUUGCGGAGCUGCAACGGCAGGUCGAAGAGUGUGAGCUGCAAGCUGAACUCCAAGCUAUUGAUGCCGAGGCAGGGAGUAGCUGCGCAGGUCGUAGCCAUUCAGAUCAGGUGAGCGUGAAUAGAACAAAAAAAUGGGUUGAAAACCAUCCAUUCAAUGACAAUUGUGGUGAUAGGGACAUGGACAUUCCGUUCAAUGACAAUUGUGGUGAUAGGGACAUCCCUGCAGUAGGAUGCGAACCUCUCUCAGGUCCAUCUCCCGGCCAUACGGUACCACCACCGAUGGCCACUCGGGUACCUGCAUUCCCUAUGAACCUCCUUAAUCGUCAAUCGGAACCGGCAGUAGGAUGCGAACCUCUUUUAGGUCCAUCUCCCGGCCAUACGGUACCAUCACCGAUGGCCACUCGGGUAUCUGCAUUCCCUAUUAACCCCCUUCAUCGUCAAUCAGAACCGGUAAAUGCCACCAAAGCGUCCGAGGCGGCCGGCUAUAUGCCCCCGCUCUUCCCCACGGAGCUUGGCCAACCUGUUCUCCUGCAAGCGGUAGCCGACACCGCGGCCGCAGCGAAGGCUCUCGCUUCAGCUUCCAGUGUAAAGAAACUGGAAUUACCUCAAUUUUUUGGUAACACGCUGCAAUGGUUACAAUUCAAACGUAUAUAUAACGUAACUAAAAAUAACUUUUCUCCUCUAGACAACAUAAAUCGGCUCCACAAUGCGCUCCGCGGCCCCGCCCGGGACGCCGUCGCGGCGCUGCUGAUGUCCACGGAGGACCCGGAGGAGGUGAUGCGCGCUCUCGAGGACAACUUCGCCCGCCCCGAGCUCAUCGUCUACAAAGAGGUCAAUUCUUUAAAAAACCUUCCUCGUCUGGGAAACGACUUGAAAGAACUAGGAGUACUGUCGAAUAAGACUUGGAGAUCUAACAUUGAUUGGGACACCGAACUCCCACAGACCGAAUCAUCUAAGUGGUUUGAAUGGUUCCAAGAACUUUUAAAAGUUUCUUCGUUGAAGAUCCCGCGUUGGUAUUCAAAAAUAAAAGGCUCGGAACCUUCAUAUCGAGAACUGCAUGUUUUUGCGGAUGCGAGUGAGCUUGCCUACGCCUGUGUCGCAUAUUGGCGCUUAGUGUACCCUGACGGCAGCAUCGAGCUCAUUCUCAUCGCAAGUAAAACGAGGGUCUCCCCACUUAAACCUAUAUCUAUCCCGCGAUUGGAGUUACAAGCCGCUUUGAUAGCUUCUCGAUUAGCACUCGUUAUCAAGGACAGCCAUCGUAAAAAACCAACGCGUACAUAUUUUUGGACCGAUUCGAUGACUGUCCUCCAAUGGUUGCGUAGUGAUGCACGAGCGUUUAAGCCUUUUGUUGCCCACCGCCUAGGUGAAAUAUUAGAAAAUUCUGCUGUCAAAGACUGGCACUGGGUACCGACAGACUUAAAUGUGGCUGAUGACGCAACUAGACUUCGUCCAAUUGAUCUAACCCUUUCACAUCGGUGGUUUUUUGGCCCAUCAUUUCUUUUAAAGUCCCCCGAGGACUGGCCCACAGAGCCACUUAAUGUCACAUCAAACCUCGAAGAACUUAAAUGCCAACCAAUUGAGUCGGUGGCGGUAACUUCAGUUAAUGGCGUUUUGCCAAAUCCGGUCACAGCAAAUCUAGAAUAUUUUAAUGACUGGCUCCGGUUAUUACGUGCCACAGCCCGGGUACAUCAAGCUGUGGCAAUUUUCGGCAACAUUUUGGCCUCAAUUAGAAAUUCUAAAGUAAAAAAUGGAGCGGUUCCUUCUCGCUCGCGUUGUUCAUCAACGUCCACCACUCACACAACUUUGAACGCAGACCUAAUAAAAGCCGCUGAAAGGCAUAUUUUGCAACGGAUUCAACUGGAUAGCUUUUCCGAAGAGUUCCACUGUAUUAUCAACUCAAAACCGAUUCCUUCAAAUAGCCGUCUCACCAAACUAUCACCCUCUCUGGGAGAAGAUAAUUUAAUUCACUUGGCUGGAAGGAUAAAAGCGGUAGAAGAUAUUGACCCAGAAACACGAUCUCCUAUAUUACUAGAUGGUCGUCACCCGAUCGCACGGUUGUUAGUACAAUUAUAUCACAGACGAGCAGGGCACGCCAACAAUGAAUACGUCAUUAAUGACAUAAGACAAAGAUUCUGGCUUCUGAGGCUUCGAGAUACAGUCAGAUCAGUCGCUCAUAAAUGCUUGUUUUGCAAGAUUCGCAAAUCGAAGCCUAUGAACCCCGCCACUGGAGACCUGCCACCUCAAAGGCUCGCACACCACCAGAGGGCAUUCACCUUUACCGGCUUAGAUUAUUUCGGCCCUGUCAAUGUCACAGUGGGUCGCCGCCAUGAAAAACGUUAUGUAGCCCUUUAUACAUGUCUCACAACACGGGCAUUACACCUGGAAUUGGUACACAGCCUUUCAUCUGACUCUGCCAUAAUGAGCUUGAGGCGUUUUAUUGCCCGAAGAGGUAUCCCUAAUACAAUUUACUCAGACAACGGGACCGCCUUCGUUGGAGCAGACCGCAUCCUACGCCAAUUCUACUCAGAUGGUAUGAAAGAAGAAGCAGCGACUAGAGGAAUCAGGUGGAGUUUUAUCCCCGCAGCUGCACCUUCGUUUGGAGGAUGCUGGGAGCGUUUGGUAAGAACAGUAAAAGUGGCGCUGAAAGCAACGCUUAACGAAAGGUUCCCUAAAGAGGAGACAUUGAUGACGUUACUAAUGGAAGCCGAAGCGAUUGCAAAUUCUCGCCCACUAACACAUGUGUCUACAGACCCAGAGGAUCCUACGGCCCUUACGCCUUUCCAUUUCCUGAUUGGAAGCCCUUCUAAUCAAACACUGCCAUCUGCCUUAGAAGACCGUGACCUUUUCGGACGCUUGGAGUGGAAAAAGGCAAUCAGGUUAUCAGACCACUUUUGGAAGCGCUGGGUGCGUGAGGUAUUGCCAACAAUGCAAACGCGAGUAAACGUAAAGGGAGAUCGUGGGCAAGAACUACAAAUAGGAGAUGUGGUGAUAAUAGUGGACGAAUCACUACCUCGCGGAACAUGGCCAAAAGGAAGGAUAACGAAUAUGUUUCCCGGAAAAGAUGGCGUAAACAGGGUGGUGGACGUUGCAACCGCUGGGGGUACGUUACGCCGUCCCCUCAAAAAGUUGAUUAGAAUAACCUAAGACUAAGACUGACAUUAGUAAGUAGGUUAUUUAAGAUUUAGGUUAGUUGGUGCAUAGCUGCACGAGGGGCAGGAUGUUCCAAACUCUUUGCAGAAUUGAAAUAUGUAGUAUAGAUUUUUCCUGUCAUUUUGGCAUAUG